GAUAUUGAUGAGUAUACACAUUACAAUUUUGAGAGGAAGAGUGGAGAGAGAAAUAGUUUACCUUGAAAGGGACAACAAUAUGGAGAGGAAAGAAAGUACAUGAAUGAAAGCAUCAUAACCUUACGGCAGGAGAAAAGUUGCAAAAAGAAAAGCAAUUAAAAGCAACCACUCAAUCUCUUUUAAUUAAUUUCUUCACAUAAUAUAUGUCACUACAUGUUUCUAUGAUCUUCAUCAUUUUAAAAGCUUCAAAAAAAUAAGUCACCUCCAACGAUAUUUCUCUCUUUGUAUUUUUUAUUUCUCUCUCAAUUGGAGAGAAAAAGAGAAGAGAUUAAAGGGUGUCCAUGAAAGAGUGAUUCAUAGCUAACAAAUAUAAAGUAUCCGGCCCACUGAACCGCUUAAUCGUAUUCGGAGGGUCAAAGUAGUUUCAAUCUCAUGCCGAUCGCAAGCAUUCCACCAUGUUUCUUAUAGGUGUGUAGCAUUGAUUAGUGGAAGAAAAAAGAUGGAACCAAGAGAAAGCAACAACAAUAGUAACCAACAAGGUUGUGGUGGACUAAUAAAGGAUUCUUCAUGGUGUUGUCAAUUCAAAAAUGCAUCUAAUCCUUUGAUGGCAAGAUAUGUGUAUGCCUUCAUUUUUCUAGUGGCUAAUAUGUUAGCAUGGGCUGCACGUGAUGAACUUUCAAGUAUUAGUGCAUUAACUGAACUUAAGGGUUUAAAAGCAUGCAAGGUUGGAAAAGAUUGUUUGGGAGCACAUGGUGUUUUGAGAGUGAGCAUGGGUUGCUUUCUAUUUUUUAUGAUGAUGUUUUGGUCAACCACAAGAACUUCUAAAUUGAAUGAAGUAAGAGAUACAUGGCAUUCAGGAUGGUGGUCAUUGAAGAUUGUUCUAUGGAUUCUAUUGACAAUCUUUCCAUUUUUACUCCCUGCUGAGUUGAUUGAACUCUAUGGGGAGGUAGCACAUUUUGGAGCAGGGGUUUUUCUCCUAAUUCAACUAAUAAGCAUUAUCAGCUUCAUUACAUGGCUGAAUGAUUUAUUUGCAUCUGAAAAAUAUGCAGAAAGAUGCCAAAUGCAUGUGAUGCUAUUUGCAACAGCUUCAUAUUUUAUAUGUAUGGUGGGAAUAAUUUUGAUGUACAUUUGGUAUGCACCAAUACCAUCAUGUCUCCUCAACAUUUUCUUCAUCACUUGGACACUAGUACUUCUCCAACUCAUGACAAGUGUGUCUCUUCACCCAAAAGUAAAUGGUGGUAUUCUAAGUCCAGGAUUGAUGGGACUAUAUGUUGUUUUCCUUUGUUGGUGUGCAAUUAGAAGUGAACCAGAAGGAGAUCAAUGCAUGAGGAAGUCAGGCACUGUUACCAAAACAGACUGGCAAAACAUCAUUAGCUUUGUUAUUGGAAUACUAGCAAUAGUUAUUGCAACAUUUUCAACAGGCAUAGAUUCAAAAUGCUUUCAGUUAAGAAAGGGUGAUAAACCAGCAGAAGAAGAUGAUGUUCCAUAUGGUUAUGGUUUCUUCCAUUUUGUUUUUGCAACAGGAGCUAUGUAUUUUGCAAUGCUAUUGGUUGGAUGGAAUAGUCAUCAUUCUAUGAGAAAAUGGUCACUUGAUGUAGGAUGGACCAGUGCUUGGGUCAGAAUAGUAAAUGAAUGGCUGGCAGUCUGUGUAUACUUAUGGAUGCUGAUAGCUCCAAUUAUAUGGAAGAACAGACAUGCUGAAUCUACAUGAGAAUUACCUUGACAUACUGUUUGGAUUUGAUAUUUUGAGGAGUAAGAUCUUCAAAUUUCCCCAUUAUGUGCAACAUAUGUAGUGGAUUCUUCCAACUUUGAUCUUUCAGAUUGGAAAAAGGAACUUCAAAUGCAAUACCCAAAAAGUUUUAGUCAGAAGCAAUUGGAUUCUAAGCUCUAACACAAAUGCACACAUGCUGUUGGAUUUGCUAUGUGAAGUGAAGCUACAGUCCUCUUACUAUUCCAUCCAAAGGAUGGAACAUAGAAAUAUACACCAUUUACAUCCAUGUAUCACUUAGUAACAUUACUUACAAUCAUUCAAUAGAAAUAAAUUAUAAAUGUCAUUUGUAUCA